UAAUUUUAAUCUUUUUUAUACGAGCGGUAAUAUUCUCUCUUUUCCGCCCGACUAUUCUUUUCGUUACCAUCUUCUUCUGUGGCUUACUUAUUCCUUACUCCUGCCACAAUAUUUUCUGAGGGCGUUAGUGAGAUCAGGAAUCACAACAUCAAGUCGGUGGCAGUCGACGGUUAAGAGAAUAUGGCGAUAGCUGUCGUCCUCACUGCUUUACAUAUUUAAUGCAUGCAAUCUCAGCUUGUUGAGCGAUUUUGUUUUGUCGCAUGCGCAUACUGCACCUGUGCGAGAAGCGCAUUUUUUGACUUCAAAUGAAAAAAUACGAAAGUUCCAAGAUGAAGAAGUAUGAGAUCUUAAAGCAAAUCGGAGAGGGAUCUUUUGGACAAGUGUACAAAGCUAAGAAACGUUCGGAUGGUGAAAUCGUGGCUUUCAAAAUGAUAAGGAAGUGCGGCAGGUCGUUUAAGGAGCUGAAAAGUUUACGUCAAGAGUGUGAGAUUCAACGUCAUUUACAUCAUCCAAAUAUUGUGCAGAUGUUAGAUUCCUUUGAGACAGAAAACGAAAUUGUGGUUGUAACGGAAUAUGCAGACAAGGAACUCUAUGAUAUACUGGACAAGCAAGGCAGAUUGUCCGAGGAAAGAGCUCAAGUAAUAGCUUGUGAUCUGGUGUCUGCGCUUUAUUAUUUGCAUUCAAAUCGAGUGAUGCAUAGAGAUCUCAAGCCACAAAAUGUUCUUUUGGAGGCAAACGGUGUGGCUAAACUUUGUGAUUUUGGAUUUGCUCGCAGCAUGAGCACUGGCACUCACGUACUUACUUCAAUCAAAGGUACGCCAUUGUACAUGGCGCCAGAACUUAUAGAAGAAUAUCCAUAUGACCAUAAUGCUGAUUUGUGGUCCUUAGGAUGCAUAGUUUAUGAAUUGGUGGUGGGUUCUCCUCCAUUUCAGACCAACUCAAUAUUGCACUUGGUUAAAUUAAUCAGAUUUGAAGCGAUAAAGUGGCCAGAUUUUAUUUCUCCAAAUUGCAAAAGCUUCUUACAGGGUUUACUACAAAAAGAUCCUUCUCAGCGAUUGACUUGGCCAGCUCUUCUCGAACAUCCGUUCGUCAAAGAUCGAAUUAUAAUAGUAGGUGGCACCGCACCUGUGGCUCCAUUAACAACUCCAUUGUCCGCGAGUCAAGCAAGAGCAAAGCAGCAGCAGUUGCAAAGUCUGGCGAUGCGUUCUACGAAACAAUCCAAAGUUGUGGAGAAAGUGAUAAAAAAAAUGCAAGAACAGGAGAGGAAACAGCACGAAUAUCGUCAGCGAACAUGUAUCUCGCAACCGGGUUAUCUAGUAUCCCCUGGUUAUUGCCAGCAUGGAAUAGGUCAUUGUCAAGGAUUGCGUCAUAGCGAGCCGAGCGGCACUGAUUCUAGCGCUAGCAUCGACGUGCUUUUAGGAAAUCUCAGUCUCAGGGCGUCUCUGAGAAGUGAUCUUCUAGCAGCGGAUCACGCUAUAUGCCAGAACGAUUGUCCGCAUAGCGCAAAUGUAGAGCAUAAUUUCCCCGUAUCGGAGGAUCACUCCAAACCUAUUCAAACGCAGAUAGACGACAAUUCCGUUGGACGACAGUUGGAUGGGGAAAUGCAUCACACUAAUGCUCAGGGUGAUGGUAUCAAUAUCGGUCAACAAGCGGAAAAAUCCUCGCACACUGAUCAAAUGCACGGCGAUGGUGAUUGUAAACAAAGCUGCUUGAGCAUCGAUUAUGAACAAGAAUUCGGUGAGAAAAAUCCACCCGAAAAGAAAACGUCCGAGAAGCCUGCGAGAUUGCCGGACUGGGAUCUGAGGGCAGUGGAAAGACCGAUUGAAAAUGAAGAAUGGGUUGUGUUUUUACAAAAAUCGAUGGAAGAAGUUAUGGAGGGCGAGAUCGAUUCUUUGUUGCAACAAAAUUGCGUUUCGGUGUUUGUUUCCCCUCUUAGAAACCCAGCAGCCGGUUGUCGAGUAGUCGAAUACGUAGCUUGUUUAUUAUCGUUGCCGUUUACCGUGCCAAUUAGCAAGGAGAAUUUGAAGAAAAUCGAACGAGUUUAUCUGGAUGUAAGAGUGGUACCUAAUCUCGUUUACGCUGUGAAACUCCUAAUGUCGGAACGCUCUGACGAAGCGACGAACGCGACAGAUACGGCUUAUGCGGAAACGAGAUCAGCAUCCUCUCUGUCUGCGGAUGAGCUUCAAGCGCUCGAGUGCGCAAUGCUGGUGCUUUGCAGAUUGGUAUACGUUGGGAAUCAAUUUCUCAUUCAGUUUUGCGACGCCAUUUACAUCGUUAAUGGAAUGCCACUUCUACAACAACUGCUAGCUUUGGAGAGAAGAAAGGCACGAGUCGUUGCGGAUCUUGUAGCGAUUUUGAAUAAUGUGCUGCGAUCUCAACCUGAGAAUGCCGAGCUUGUGGAACGGGUCGUAUUGCGUAUGAAAACACCUGGAGCAUCGGUAGAGCAGCUCAGUAAACUUCUCCAUCAUCGACAAGCUGUUUUGCGAGCGAGAACGUGUACCAUGGUUAGAUUGUUGGGUAGAUUUUGCUGCAGAGCACUGCAACAGGUUUGGGACAGAUCAUUAAAAAAUUUAAUUGAGAGUUUAACUAAGGAUGAGGAUGAACAAGUGCGACACGCUGCUGUGGAUGCAGUAAGUGAAUUAAAACAACUAACGUAUUACAAUCAAAAGAGUCCUGUGAGUUGAGCGGGUGAAAUAAGAAUAUUUGUAGGGAUCAAUUUUAAUGUUGUUAUUAUCCUUCAACUAGUACAGAAUUAUGCGUAAUUCGUGAUUCGCCGUUGAGAGAGAAGAAAUUAAACGCGCCAAUGACUGUAAAAGCAUUCAACGGAUAACAAACUGCGAAUCGCAUAUUCACAUAAUCCGGCGCUAAUUUUAUGAGAUCAAAUAUUUUAUUUUUAGACAGACUGAUAUACUUAAGAAAUAAAAUAUUUGUAAUAUUUUUAUAAAUCGCUAAAUAAUAAACAUACUUUGGCUCGUGCAGAUAUACUUAAAAUGUAGCAAAUACGUUAUAAAGAUUUUCAAGUGUUCAAUCAAAUUAAUAUUAACAGGGUAAAUAAGAAUCUUAAUUGUACGUAAUAUUAUUGACUUUGUGAAAUUUUUUACAUAAAUAUACGCAAUAUUGAA